GGGCAGGGCAGGGCAGGGACAGGGAUGGGGGGGGCAAGGCAGACUCACUUUGCACUAAGGAUGAGCCAGUAGCCAGACCAGGCCACAUCUGGAGAGCUGGGGUGGGUGGCAGAAUAUUCCAUCAACACCCAGCCCACACCCCGUCCCUCUUACUCAGGGGACACAACGCUACCCAGACCUAGCAGCCUGAGUAAUAAUCAUCUGAGACGGGGAACAGUGGCGAAGCUCACCCACCCCCACCCCCUUCACCCUUGCCUUCCUGUCCACCAGGCCCCAUGCCCCAUACCACCUCCAAGUCCCAAGUUCCAGUACCAGUGCAGAUGGCCCAGAAUGGGCAGACUUCACGGCAGCCCCCAGGCAAGGAUGUCUCCCCAAGCAUCAUCAGGGUAUUGGUGAAGACGCCUAAUGCCCAGGAGGAAUUUGUGGUGUCCGACGAUACUACCGUGAGUCAAUUCAAAGAGGCCAUUUCAACCCAAUUCAAAUGCAAUGUCGAUCAGCUAGUGCUGGUUUUUGUGGGCCGUAUCCUGAAAGAUCAGGACACUCUGUAUCAGAGGGGUAUCUUGGAUGGCUAUACGGUCCAUCUAGUCAUCAAGUCCAAGAACGGGCCCCCACCCCAGCCCUCCGGGCCCCACGGGCCACUUCUCAUGGACUUGGGCCCUCGAGAGGGAAUAGGAAAAGUAGUGGGUAAUGGGGGGCGACAGCCCAUCAUCCCGAUCCGUAACACAGUGCCGACCCCCAUACCAGCUAGUGAGCCUGAGAAGGCCAAAGCCCAGAGUCAGAUUCCACAGCCGCGUACUGCAGAGAGAAUGGCUCAGAUGCUUGAGAGUCCUGUCAUCCAACAGCUCCUCUCCAACACCGAGCUGAUGAGGCAGUUGAUCAUGGACCACCCUGAGGUGCAGCAGCUGAUGAAACAGAAUCCUGAGGUGGGCCACAUCCUGGACAACUCAGAGAUUCUGCGGCACACCCUGGACCUGGCUCGGAAUCCAGCCAUGAUGCAGGAGAUGAUUCAGAGACCAGAUAUGCCAAGGCCCCCAGAAGGCUUCUGGGGUAAUGAGACAAACCCUGGAGGGGACAAUGCCCUGGGGCGGAACUAUGCAGAGCUCCCCGAUUCCUUGUUUGGUGGUAUUCAGGAUCCUUUGCGGGAGAAUCUUUUCACAGAGUUUAUGCAUGGGGCUUCAUCCCUGGGAGGCACCUCCCAUACUCAAAGCCAGGAGAAGCAGGAUUCCAAACCCGUGCCCCGUGUCCUACACAAUCCACCCCCUGGCCAUCCCCUCAGUGGCCCCACUCCUGUUGCUGCUGCCAUGGCCAAUGCCCCAGCUGCCACUUCCAAGGGCUCAAGCCGGGCACGUACCUCUAGCACCCAGGGCAUCCCUCCCCUGACCACAGAGUCUCUUGACCAUAAGACAGACAGGAACUUCCCCCACAUGGCAGAUGACCCCCAGCUUCUAGAAGACCUGAGCUCUGGGACUCGAUUUACAGGCAGCAUGCUACAGCUUCUGGUACAGAACCCACAUCUGGCAGCACAGAUGAUGCUUUUCAUGGGGUCGCCUCAGCUCUAUGAACAGAUGCGGCAACAGCUACCCACGAUUCUGCAGCAGAUGCAGCUGUCAGACCUGCUGCUGGCCCUGGCAAACCCCAAAGCAUCCCAGGCACUGCUGCAGAUUGAGCAAGGUCUCCAGAUGCUGUCCACAGAAGCUCCAGCCCUGCUGCCAUGGCUCACCCCGUACCUGUGGGGCUUGGGGAGGAGUGGCUUCCCCGAGGCCACUGCAGCAGGGGCCCAGAGCAAGGAGGCAUCUGGCCCUCAGGGCAGAGGGAAGACUGAUACACGCUACCAGCCACUUGCCAUCCUGCAGCGUCUUCAGGCUCUCGCUGGAGGCUACUCCCAGCAGAUGCAGCCUCCUGAAGUCCGCUUCCGUCCACAGAUGGAACGUCUGAGAGCCAUGGGCUUCCGGAACCACAAUGCCAACCUUCAGGCAUUGAUUGCCACUGAAGGGGACACCAGUGCUGCUGUCCGUAGGCUCAAAAGGUCCCAGGCAUCUUAAUUGUGUUGUUCCCCUUCUGUCUCCUUGCCCUUCCUUCUGGGUUUGCCUGUCCUAGGACAUGAAAAAAACAACCAAGAUCCCUUCCCUAUGGAACAACUGACCACUGAUCACAGUGGAAAUAAAGUGUGAUGGCUACAUGUGA